AUGAAAUUAUCUGUGAGAUACUUUGGGCCUUAUCCAUUGAUUGAGAAAGUGGGGAAGGUUGCCUACAAACUUGCUCUACCUCCUGAAUCAAAAAUUCAUCCGGUUUUCCAUGUUUCCCUUAUGAAGAAGAAGAUAGGCUCCAAAUACAUCCCAUCUGUAAAUCUACCUGAAAUGGAGGAUGAAGUUUACAAGGUUUACCCACUGGCUAUCCUAGCAAGGAGGGUCAUUCCUAGGAAUAAUGUUGGGGUACCUCAGGUUCUUAUCCACUGGUCACAUUCUUCUCCAGAACAGGCCACCUGGGAAGAUUAUUACUCCAUGGCAGCUCGUUUUCCAUAUUUUGGUCCUUGGGGGCAAGGAAGAAAAAAAAGAGGAGGGAAUGUUUGCGACUUUUUUAAGUGA